AUGGCCAAUGGGGACAAAACUCAAUCAUGGAAAUUUAUAGCUGGAAGAUCUGAAUCCAAAUCUUUUGUAGUUAGUGCAAUAGAGAAAGUGAUUGAUGGAUCUUCUUUAACUGGGCAAUUAGAAGCUCUUGAUGCAGAUUCAGAACAUUCCAAAAUAAAUCUUGAUGAAGAACAACUUGAUGAAAUAAAUGAAAAGGAUUUUGUUGCUUCACCAGUUCUUGUUGAAGAUAUUGCAGCAAUGGAGGAAGUAGGUUUAGUUUCUUUAUUUGAUAUUGAUAAAGAAAGUGAAGAAAUUAGAAAAUUAUCGAUUCCUCCUCCUGGAAAAAGGGAGAGAAUAUAUGUUAACAAUCUUGACCGAGGAAUUGACUGCCUAGAAGUCAAAAUAUGUACAGGAGGUGCCGCAAUCACAUGCAAUCUUGUUGAGGUUUCUUCACAGUUGCCGGAGGAAAUGAUGUCUGGAUCUUUAUCUUGGCCAGUUUUUGAAAUGGAUUGGAGCAAACUCCCUGGAAUUUCAGAAACUUCAGUUAUAUUGGAUGCUUUUAAAGAACAAGAAGCUUUUGACUACAACAGUUUCGUUGUUAUUCAUGGAGGUGUCUUAGGGGCUACAAAAGUUGCUGGUGUUAGUGAUGAAAGACAAGGUUCAGAGUCAAAAAGUGUUGUAGAGCUAACAAAUGGUUCUUCAGAGGAUACCCAUUCCUCUACAAUGUUUUUUUGUUUCUGUGUAUUUUGUCCAUCAUUUAAAGUUGAUGGAAGAAAGGAAUAUGAAGCCACUUGA